GUUAGGAGGCGCGGCUGCGGCGCCGGGGGCUCGGCUCGGGGCACGGGAGCAGCUGACUAUGGAGCCCCAGAAAAUUCCACCAUUAUCAAAGCCUCAUCCACCUGUCGUGGGCAAAGUGACUCAUCAUAGCAUCGAGUUAUACUGGGAUCUGGACAAGAGAGCUAAACGGCAGGGGCCGCAGGAGCAGUGGUUCAGGUUCUCCAUCGAAGAGGAAGACCCCAAGCUGCACACGUACGGUAUCGUUUAUACGGGAUAUUCCUCGAAGCAUGUGAUCGAAGGCCUGGAGCCAAGGACACUGUAUAAAUUUCGACUGAAGGUCACCAGUCCCUCUGGAGAGUUUGAGUACAGCCCCGUCAUCUCAGUGUCUACGACCAGGGAGCCCAUGAGUAGCGAGCACUUUCAUCGAGCUGUCAGUGUGAAUGAUGAAGAUUUGCUUGUUCGGAUCCUUCAAGGAGGCCACAUUAACAUUGAUGUUCCCAAUAAGUUUGGCUUUACUGCUCUGAUGGUUGCUGCCCAGAAAGGAUACACCAGGCUUGUGGAAAUCCUGCUUUCUAAUGGCGCUGAUGUGAAUCUGCAGAAUGGGAGUGGCAAGGACAGUCUAAUGCUUGCAUGUUACGCGGGCCACCUGGAUGCUGUGAGGUACCUGCGAAGACAUGGAGCCUCCUGGGAGGCUCGAGACCUGGGUGGCUGCACAGCUAUGCACUGGGCUGCGGACGGAGGCCACUGCCACGUGAUCGAGUGGAUGAUACAGGAUGGCUGUGCGGUAGAUGUUGUAGACACCGGUUCUGGGUGGACACCGCUCAUGAGACUCUCCGCCGUGUCGGGAAACCAGGGUGUGGCCUCCCUCCUGAUUGAGGCUGGGGCCGACGUGAACGUGAAGGAUAGAGACGGAAAGACCCCGCUCAUGGUGGCCGUGCUAAAUAAUUAUGAAGAGUUAGUCCAGUUACUCCUCGACAAAGGGGCAGAUGCAAGCGUAAAAAACGAGUUCGGCAAAGGUGUCCUAGAAAUGGCCAGAGUUUUUGACAGACAGAACGUAAUCUCCUUGUUAGAAGAAAGGAAUAAGCAGAAGCCGAAGAAGCCUCCUGUCUGCAGACCAGAGCGCCACAAAUCUACAGAACCCACGUGAAACAAAGCAAAACCUCCCCGUCGGACUGGAGAGAUGAAACCCUGCACCUCCGAGGGCUACACAUUUAUUUAUUUAGUUGAAGGUUCAUGGUGACUUUUUUGUAACACACAACUGUUCCUUUAAAAUGCAUCCUUUUACUUAAGCACGUGCGUAUUGGUGUCAUCAUUAGGCGUCUGGCUGUGGGACCAGGAUGUUUUCUUGCACUUGUGCCUCUUGGAGUUAGACAUGAAGCAAAAUAUUUAUGCACUGAAGCUACGCAAAUAUACACGGGCCCCCCACUCUGGCUCCUGCCCCUCAAGCUGUCCUCCCAGCCGCUGUGGGCCUUGCUGGAAUUCUUGCCCCCCACAUGUUCUCAAUUAGAGCUCCCUUCCCGGCCCCAGGCCUCCCGGCUGCGCUGUCCGCCUCCUGCUCCCUCCCAGAGUGACCGUCCGGGAGUGAAAGCCCAGGAGUUCUCUCCUCAGCUGCUGGCCUCACAUCAAAGCUCAAAAUACGUAUUUCAAGACUGAUUCUGUUCUGUAAGAGGUGUCUGGUUAAGGGUGAGUCUUCUCAGAACAGACCUGUCUGCGAACAUGUUUGUGUAUCCUCAUGCCCUGAGGAUGGAUGAAAGGCCCAGCCCGCUGGCAGCUGGACGACUUUGCCAAAGAGCAGUAUAUUAAAUUUAGUCUUCAGAGCAGUAGGGUUUUUGAUGCUGAUCGUGCCGUUCCUAGAUGAGUAGGAAUUAACCACAACUAAGUCUGCUGGUUAGGAGCCUUAAGACAUAAAUGUGGGGGAGCUUUAGUUCCGAAACACACUUCAAAACCAGCACAGAAGCUGGUUGGCAGGCCCCAUGCGUUCCGCAUCUAUAGGGGCAAGCUGGUUAACUCAGCCCCAUGAGAAAACCAGCUUCAAAGGUCUGCCCGGGAGGAGAAUUGUCUCUGUGGAGGAAAGACUGUUAGAGCUCUGAUGUAUUUGUGGAGGGACACAGAGGAAAAAAGCACACAGUUGGUUUUGUUGAUGCUGGCAAUCCUCAGCUUUCUUUCACGUACUUCAUAGAGUGUUCACCUUAGGAAUUUGAUGUGUGGGCCAUCUCUGGGCCUGUCCUGAAUAUUUUGUUAGUGUCUUACAUUUUGCACAAUGCACAUUCCUUUAGAUUUGCUAGAGCUGAGUUUUAAAAUCUAAGAAGCAGCAUAUUCACAUUUUUGCAAAACUCCUUUUUUUGGGGUGAUCAAUGUUGACAUUCACCUCCGUUUCAGUUUUUUGGUCUGUCGCAGACUGUUUGCACUAGGCCCCUCUGUGGUCAGAAUAAAGACUCCUGGCUUUUCACACUGUGUUGACAUCAGACUUGGCAGCCGUGUCCACCCUCCUCAGGGUCAGCCAUACUGCAGCCCUGAGAUGAUCCCAUUUGGCUGUGCUGGACCCCACACACUCAUGUGCGGCGCAUAUAUGCUCUCCUUUCUGCUUAAUGAGAUGAGAAGGUGAAUGCUGUUCUAAUUUUCCCAAAGAGCAAUCAUGGUUCCGUCACUCCUUUUUUUUCCUAAUUGUUUAUUUCUGCAGACUCUUUUCUUCUAUUCUCUCUUAGGUUUACUCUGUUGUUCCUUUUAUAACUUUUUAAUGGCAGAUAUUACAUUUAU